AUGGACCUUCUCUCCCAAGUUUGCGAUAUGCUGAAGGAGUUUGCGGAGAAGAAUCCCUUUCCUGCUUUGACAGUGCGCUGUAUUACGACGACGGAGACUGUUCUCCAGGUCGUCCUUGGCAUGAAGACUGAUUACGAUUACUCGCUACUUAUGAAUUGUCUCGAGGCCUUCCUUGAUGAGGAGCUGGCGCGUCGUGGGAUCAUUUUGUACGACUCUGAUGCCUGUGGGGAUUCGGAUUUGGACGACGUGGAUGAUGACGAGGAUUUGAUUGGUAAUUCAUCUGCAUCUAGUGGGCUUCAGCAUGCAUUGAAUGCUUAUUGGAUAGAUGAUGAGGGGGGCUGGGUAUAG